AUGGAGUUCACGCCAGAAUACCAGUCUGGUUUUAUCGCAGCUUUUCUAGCUAGCCAGCCCGCUCCUCCAGCUAAUGAUCAUGAAACACCUGAACAGGCACGCACCAGAAUCCAUGAUCUCUUUGAGGAUAUCAGAAGCCGAUACCUAGAUAGCAUCUAUGACCGCUUUUACUCGAAACAAACAGACCCGGCCGAUAGAAAUCUUGAAGUCUUGGGCAAUGCACGGGCUCGCUUCGAGGAAGAGAUCGAAACGACUCGGUUCCGAUACCAGACUGAAGCUGUAAACCAAACGAACAACACACAACGGCAAGAGCUUGAGCCUGAGAUCCAUAGCCUUGAAAUACAAGCUACUAAUCCUAAAAACGAAUCUGGUGAUGACCUAGCUCAGCAAAUAAGACAGGCUGAAAUACUUCAAAGUCGCAAGGAAGCUCUGGAUAGAGAACAAGUUGAGAUGGAGGCUGGAUUUGGCAUAAGAAAAGACGAGAAGUCAGCGCGAGAAUGUGACGAGCGAAUACGUUCACUGGUACGCAAAGAGAGAGAGAAAAGGCAGCGAGAACAAGAAAGACUACGCCGAAAUCGGGUGGAACUAGAGAAGAAACGUAUCGAUCGGCUUAUAAUGGAGCGUGAGCGUGCGCUAGAACGUGAAAAGCGACUUCAAAAGACAAUGAAGGAUCUUGAGCGCCGGGAGAAAAAAAUAGCAGGAAGCAUAGCGCUAGCAAAAUUGGAAGCGAAGCGGAAGAAGGCUAUAUUGGACAAGGAAACGAAGAGAGUUCGAGAGGAGAGGCGUCGUCUUCCCACUGGUCGUCAGCCACGCAAAUACUACCACUGA